UUAUCGUUACCGUCUCCUCACCUCCACCGUCCACCCUUGCAUAGUGAUGGUUAUUGAGAACAUUAGUAGUACCAUUGAGCGGACACACUCCGUCGACAGUCUAUCCGACGAGGAACUGUACCGCUUGAUCGACAGCGUCCGUCGUGAUCGUGCACAACUCGUUGGUUACAUGCCAUCCAUGGACGGAUCCCUCUAUUAUCCAGUAUGGUGCAUCGCACCGGACGCUAUCGUCAAGCUAUCGGAAGGACCCAGCGAAGCGUACACGAUGCAGCUCGUGCGCAACAACACCUCGAUCCCCGUUCCCACCGUCCGUCGCGUCCUUCCGCACCACAAAGCAUCCGGGGACUACUACUGGAUUAUCAUGGACUACAUCGACGGAAGCACCCUUUUCGAACUCUGGGACACGCUCACUGAGGAGCGCAAGCGCAGCAUUAUCGACGCCCUAGCGGGCUAUGUGCGAGAACUCCGUAGUAUCCGCCUCCCAAACCCGCCAAUCCCUGGUCCCCUGCAUCCUGACGGCAUUCCUGUCAAAUGCAGGGGCUCUUUCUUCAGCGAAGACCAAGCUGGACCUUUCGGUUCCUACCAGGAGAUGGCUGACUGGUUCGAUCGCCAGCGCUCCCGCGUCAGGAUAUACAACCACAUGGGGUUCGGGGGGGUGAUAUCAUGUCCCAAGUUCGACGCCACCCAUCCACUCGUUCUCUGCCACAUGGACAUACACCCCCGAAACAUUCUGGUUGACAAAAAUGGGACCCCGUGGCUCAUCGACUGGGGUGUCGCUGGGGUGUACCCACCAUGGUUCGAGUACGCGGCCAUUGCAGUGUCAGUCGAGGCUGACUAUCGGUUACGCAAAGUGCCCGCUUGGAAGGACCUUGCUGCAAAUGCGGCAGCUGUUGCUGGUGAUUAUUCACGGUACUAUGACGACUACUUAUUCAUUCUAUUUUGUUAUACGAAUGGAAUCAACUUCGAUGAGAAGGCCCAAGAAAUGGAUUUUCCUGAUGACUAUUUCGAGAAGUUGGGCAUCACUGUGGAGUAGCUGUUACCUUAGCCUUUGAAUACUAGUUUACGCCGUCACCUAACUUUCCUGACUCCAACUACCCACAACAUGUCCCCUGUACGCUUGCCUCGUAAACUCCCAAACUUUCGAGUACCUAUGGACAAUCGCAGAUCUUCGGAGCUAACUGUGAGAGCCUGGCC